UUUUUUUUUUUUUUUUUUCCUUUCCCCCACUAUUUUCUGGGAAUAUUCCCUAUUUUUACAUAACAAAAAUCUCGUAGUCAUAAAUAGAAACAGGUAAAAAAGCUGUUUGUGAGCACAAAGAGUGGGAAUACUUCCUUAUAUACGGAUACUCAUAUUGUUACGUUUAAACAUAUCCUUUUUCAUCAAGUACACUGUAUAGUCCACUUUGAUAGAAUAGAAAACUGAAUACCACGCAAAAAGAAAACAGUAGAUUAGACAAUGUCACAGCAAACGCCAAAGUGUGAAGAUGAUGCUUGGAAAACAGUUGGUAGUCCCUCGAGACGAGGUAGUGCUAUCAAUGCAAUGUUAGACAUGACUCAUAUGGAACAUAAUGAGCAACAGAAUAUGGAUCCUUUAAACAGUAGUAGUAAUAACGGAAUGAGACGGGGCUCAUGGAUUACAAUGUCAGCUACAGGCACGGCAACCACCACACCUACGGCAGAUAUGAGUAGUAAUUGGGGUUCUUUUGGUGGUUUCCAAUGGGAUGGGUCAUCAAUUUUGCAACAAUCUCAACAGGAGGAUAUAAGUGUUCCUCCUACUCAACCUAUUUCAGAUACAAAUAAUGCCCCUACUUAUCAAUAUAACGAUAUAUUGUCUGUACCUAUGCUGCCUAACGUUUCCUUAGAACCUAUAUAUCGCCAACAUCGUAGUUUAUCUUUUUCAAUGGGUCAAGAUCCAACUUUCUUUGGGUAUGAUGAUUAUUAUGAUGAGACACAAUCACAACAGAACCAACAGCCUCCGCAGCAACCACAACAACCACCGAUAUCAACAAAUCGAUACUCCACGAAUACCUUCAAGUCUUCUCUAGCCACGACGAUGGAAGAGGAGGAAAAUGAUCCUACUGAUUUUGAAUUUGAUUUAUCCUAUAUUCGUUCCAGAUCCAAGUCGUCCGGUGCAGCAUUUGGAUUGUUAUCUUCCGCUCAACAUAAUCGUUUAGUGAAUUUGAGACGUGGCUCUGAACAGCAAGAUGAUUUAUUGAUAAAUCAACGUCGACGCUCAUCUUCCAGAUUCUUUAAUGGUUUUGGUGAUGACGUACCACAGCAACAACCCAGUGAUUUGUUACAGCGUCGUUUGUCACAACAGUCUCAAUUGUUCCAAGACUACUCUUUUCCUGAUAUGAGAAGGCAAUCACUUACCCUGAACACUCCUGCACCUACCAACAUCCAGCAAUUAGCUGAUCAGCUAGAGAAUACGCAUUUAAGGAAUGAGUUCAACAGUACUGCUAAUCCACCACCCUUGACUCCGCCUGCUCAACCAACCUUCUCGGCGCCUCCGCCAUUAGCUCCCUAUCAACGAUCGUUACCAUAUCAACCGUCUCCAGCACCUUAUCAGCAACAGCAACAAUCUCAAUACAGGCCGGAUCUUUAUAGUCAGCAUUUACAACAGCCCCCCUUCUUUGGUAAUAAAGCAAAUCUGCCCCUUCAUCAACUACCCAUGCUCCAUCCUCAGCAACAGCAGCAGCAACAGCAGAAUCUUUUUCAUAGCAACCCUAUUGCCGGAGACUAUUUUGAUUCAGACACUAAGGGAAUGCAAGACCUUGGUAAAGGGACAUCCAUCCAUAAACUGGGCCCUCGAACGACACUUUACAUGGUCGAGUUCAAAGGUGGACGUACUGAUUUCUUUUACGUUCCAGAUCAGCAACAGCCACAGCAACCACAAUCUUCUACUAUGACGAAUAACCGCCCUCAUAAGCAGCCGUUUCAACCCCAAAUUGGCGAUUUGGUCAUUGUUGAAGGCGAUCGGGGUAAAGAUCUUGGAAAAGUAGCCUAUACUACUUUAAGCAUAGAUCAAGUUAUUCAAUUAGAACAAAAGAAACAAGCUCAAUUACAACAAUUAGAUGUAGAUAAUAAUAAUAACAGCAGCAACAAUAAUAACCAACAACAACAACAGCAACAAAAGCGUGAUAUCCAUAUCAAAAGAAUAUUUAGAAUAGCUACGCCUGAUGAAGUUAAUUUGUUAUUAGUGAAGGGACAAGAUGAACACAAGGCUUUGGUUGUUUGUCAACAAAAGACCAAACAGCGCAAAUUACCUAUGGAAGUCGUUGAUGCAGAGUACCAAUGGGACAGAAGAAAGUUGACGUUUUACUUUGAGGCUGAAAAUCGCAUUGAUUUUAGAGAGUUGGUCAGAGAAUUAUUCAAGAUAUACAAAACACGUAUAUGGAUGUGUGUUGUGACAAGCCCCAUCACUGUAGAUGAUAUACAUGCAUUAAGCAACAACGACACUACUGUUUUAGACGAUAUUAGCAGCAACAGUAACGAUAAUAAUAGAAACAAAGACCAGCAACAAGCAAUAGAAGCCCAAAACUCAAAGAAGAACGGUACGAAAGAUAACACUGCUUCCUCUGUUCAUACAGAAGAAAAUGAUGCACAAUGAAGAAACCAACAUAAAAUACAGCUCCCUUCAUUCCUAUUGCCCUGUUUCCAAUAUCGGUUAAUCGCAAUAUUACUCUUCUUUUUCAAUUCCUUUUUUUUUUUUUGCAUAUCCCUGUUACCAAAUAUCGAACAUCCCGCUUCCAGCUUUUUUACAAUAAAGUUAAGACAUUUUUAAAAA